UAUGGUGAUCUUACGGACACGGAGGUACGGGUUUUGCGCCAAACUGGUGCAGCGAGAGCUGCGCGCUCCUCCCUGCCUCCUCCCUAAGGACAGCGACAGCAGAAGGUACAACAUGAACGCCCGGCCCAUCCAGCUGCCUCGAGCGACUCCCUGGCGCUCCCUGCCUUGCCCGCGCACCGAACUCCGCCUCGACCUGGUACUCUGUGGCGGGCAGACCUUCCGGUGGUCUGAAACCAGCCCUGGCUACUGGACUGGUGUGCUGGCUGGACGAGUCUGGACUCUCACUCAGUCUGAGGAACAUCUCUGGUACACCUUACAUGAGGAGGAAAAGGAGGACGGUGGCAGAGAUGAAGAAGGCCUCUCCGAACCUCCCCUGAAGAAGAGCAGGAAGCAAACACAGCCAGAACCUAAUCGUCCUGGGACAAGCGAACGUUCGGGCAGCCAUUUGUCUGGAGAGCUGGCUCGGGCAAUAGAUGGGCUGACUCCUUCUCAGAUCCUCCAUGAUUAUUUCCAGCUGCAUGUAAAUGUAUCUGCGCUAUACCAGGGUUGGUCUUAUGUUGACUCGCAUUUCCGGGAAGUAGGUGUUAAAUUCCCAGGCGUCCGGGUGCUGCGGCAGGACCCGGUGGAGUGUCUCUUCUCCUUUAUCUGCACCUCCAACAAUCACUUGUCCCGCAUCACCAACAUGAUUCAACACCUGUGCCAGGCCUUUGGGCGCCGCCUCUGCCAGCUGGACACCAAGACCUAUCACGCCUUCCCCUCACUGCAGGCAAUGGCAGGAGCAGAUACAGAGGCUCGGCUGAGGGACCUUGGAUUCGGUUAUCGGGCACGGUUUAUUAGCGAGAGCGCCCGGGCUGUCCUGAAGACUCUUGGAGGGGCCGCUGGCCUCCAGCAGUUGCGCACUGUCCCUUAUGAGCAGGCCCGCCAUGCUUUGUGCACCCUUCCAGGAGUGGGAGUUAAGGUGGCUGACUGUGUGUGCCUCAUGGCACUGGACAAGACUGAGGCUGUACCAGUGGACACCCACAUAUGGCAGGUUGCCAAACGUUACUAUGGCCAAGAGUUGGGGAUGGGGGCCCGCAGUGUGACGGAGCGAGUCCAUCGAGAGAUCGGGAAUUUCUUCCGCAGCCUUUGGGGACCAUAUUCUGGAUGGGCACAAGCGGUCCUGUUUUGUGCCGACCUAAGGAAGAACCAAGAGUCCCCAGAUCCGAAUGCCAAACACCGUUGCAUCAAAGUGGCCCAGAGCAGCCACUCCACCUUGACAUAGUAACUUCUCUUGCAGCUCCGCCUUAUUUAUGGGACUGAUACGGGCAAGGAAGAAGAGCCUCCCUGCUAAUGGCUGGAGCCAGAGAGAAAUCACCCAUGCUAAGAAUAAGGAUUCUGUGAGCCGCUGAGGAAGGCUGAGGUUGCUCGGGGAUCCUCAGUUGCUCCUUUUGUUUUUUAAAAUUUAAUUGUUUGUUUUUUCCCCCACCAGAGGUUGCUUGUAGCCUAAGCAUCUCAUGGAGCUGCCAUGUGUUUUAAACAGUAGAACGUUUCCCACUUCUUCCUUGUGACUUUUGUAAUCGCAAUAGGGCUUGCUGUGCAUUGGUAACUGGGUAUAAGGCAGACUUUUCAAGCAGGCCAUGGGAGAAUCAUUAUCUCUGAACCUGGGGGCCAUCGAUUUAGAACGUCAAAAGCAUCAUUGUUUGGAAAGAGGUGACAAACAUCAGCCAGGGAGCAAUAUGGAUUCCCAUUAAAUUCCCGUUAAAUAGUGAGGUUGAUAACAGUUGCCUGAGGGAAGAGAUACAUUGAAUGGGCUUUCCCCAGAGGAACUUGAGCUAUUGAGUCUGUUAAAUAUCACCAGUAACUUAAUGGUUCCACAUAAAAUUAAGGUAAAGGUUUUCCCUGUCUCCUUGUAAGCGGGCGGUGUUCAUCUCAAUUUCUUAGCUGAGGGAGCCAGCGCUGUCUGAACUCACUUCCACGGUCAGGUGGCCGGCACGAUUAAUACAACGAGGCACACAGAAUACAGUUACCUUACGAUAGCUAUUUAUCGACUUGCUUUCGAACUGCUAGGUUGGCAGGAGCUGGGGCAAGGAACAGGAGCUCAUCCUGUCGUGUGGCACCUGGGAUCUCAAACCCAGGCUGACAGCUUUCCAACUUGCUGAGCCAUCCCGCCUCUCAUAAAAAUAAGACUAAUCCUUUUUUCAGAAGGGACAAAAUGUAUGGCCAAGUUCGUGUGCUCUCUCUCAUUCAUAAAACCGUGUAUGUACUGGGCUGCAUGCACUCUGUUAAUGCUGAAUCAAUUCAGAGGCUGCUUGCGAUAGGCUGACUUUGGGUGGUGGAUCUAUUCUCACCUAGGGGAGAAUAGUGGGGGACAUGUAGCAGUAUUCCAGUAUUUGAGAGGCUGCCACAAAG